CUAUAAAUCAGUGAUGUUUAUUGUUUAUUUUACUAAUUAAAACCAUUAAAACUUUGAAAAUGGAAAACCCGAAAAUCAUUUUAGUGUUUAGCGGCAAAAGAAAAUCUGGGAAAGAUUAUUUAUGUGAGAAACUUAAAUGUAUGUUUAAGAAUCCUACAAGAAACAACAAAGUACAAAUCAAGCUAGGAGAAGACAAGUGUUGUCUUCUUCGAAUAUCAGAACCUCUUAAAAGAGUUUAUGCUAGAGAUCACAAUUUAGAUUUAGAAGAAUUGUUAAGUGAUGGACCAUACAAAGAAAUUCAUAGGCACAACAUGAUAAAGUGGAGUGAAGAAAUAAGGGAAAAAGAUCCUGGCAUUUUUUGUAAAGCAGCUUGUGACAAAGUGUCUGAUGUGCCAAUUUGGAUAGUUUGUGAUAUUAGACGAAAAACAGACAUUAAGUGGUUUAAGGAGACGUAUGGAGAGCUUGUCAAAAGUAUAAGAAUAUCAGCUGAUAUUGAAGUCAGAAAAGAUAGAGGCUGGAUUUUUACAAAAGAUGUAGAUGAUGCUCCAUCAGAAUGUAAUUUGGAUGAUUUUGAAUAUUGGGAUCUCCAAGUAUCCAAUAACAGUAGCGAAGACAGCCAAAAUGCCUUGAAAAAAAUAUUAGAACUUGUACCUGAGUAUUAACUCAGAAAGAGAUCGUGAGAGAUUAAAAGUAAUAAAUACAGUAUAAAAUUUUAUAUUUACUUGUACUUGUUUUUAUAGAUUAUAAUAUUGUUAUUUUUUAAAUAAAUUUGAACUUUUUGUACUGCUUUAUAGUAUAAGUAAUAAAAUAAAGUUUUUUG